AUUUACUUGUUCUCCCUAUUGUCGAUUAGGGUGCUUGUCCCCGUCCUGAUCCCAGAGCGCCAGCAAUGGCGGGGGGAGCAAUGCUGACAAUGGGUGCCAAGGCGUCGUCGUUACACAACGAGGUUGUUACCAGCGGGGAGACGAUCGCGCUUCCUGCAGCUCACAUUCGGCUCCCCCGAGGCCCUUGGACGCAGAUUCCAGGCGGUGUCGCUGGACCUUGCGGCUUUCGGGCUGCUGGCUUGUAUGGCGGACUGAGAGCACUUGGCACCAAACCAGACCUCGCCCUGGUUGUCUCGGAUGUGGACGCCGUCUGUGCCGGAACCUUCACAACAAACGUCGUGGCUGCUGCGCCCGUCUUGUACUGCAAGCGCAUUCUCGCGGCCUCUACCAAGGCGCGUGCAGUUCUUAUCAAUGCGGGUCAAGCGAAUGCUGCAACUGGUGAUGCAGGUUACCAAGACGCCCUCGACUGCGCAACUGCUGUUGCAAAGCUCCUCGGCACUCAACCGGAACGUGUUCUUCUCCAGUCCACCGGUGUAAUUGGCAAACGCAUCAAGAAGGAUGCUCUAUUAGCGUCUCUUCCUCGGCUGGUGGGAGCACUUUCUUACACUGCUGACAGUGGUGAUGCUGCUGCAACUGCGAUCACCACCACCGAUCUUGUUACCAAGAGUGUUGCCAUCGAGACUGAGGUGGGAGGAACGACCGUUAAGAUCGGUGGCAUGGCGAAAGGAUCUGGGAUGAUCCAUCCAAACAUGGCGACGAUGCUUAGUGUUGUAACAUGCGAUGCUCACGUUUCAUCGGAUGUGUGGCAAGAUCUGGUCAAAACCGCUGUUGGCCGGAGCUUCAACCAGAUCACGGUGGAUGGAGACACGAGCACCAACGAUACCGUCCUAGCACUAGCCAGCGGUGCCUCUCGUGGACGUCUGCUCGACAAUAUGCAAGACCGUGAUGCACAGCAACUCCAAGCCGCACUGGAUGCAGUGUUCCAAGGCCUGGCAAUGUCUAUUGCAUCCGAUGGGGAAGGUGCUACAUGUCUUGUCGAGGUGGAAGUCACAGGCGCUCACUCCGACGAUGCUGCAGCUGUUGUCGCUCGUUCAGUUGCUCGAUCGUCCCUGGUCAAGGCUGCUGUCUAUGGAAGGGAUCCGAAUUGGGGGCGUGUAGCAUGCGCAGCAGGUUACUCGGGCGUUGACUUCGACCCUCAGGAGCUGGAAAUCCGGCUCGGGAGUUUUGUGCUGAUGCAGAAGGGGCAGCCAUUGGAGUUUGACCGCAGCGAAAGACUACUUACGUGCGGCUGGAGAAGUUCACGGCGUCGUUGCCAUCACAAUCUCAAUCGGUCUGGAUGCUGUUGUGUGACAAGUGACCAACGGAGGUGGUGCCAUGUUUCAGGUGGCGGAACAGGACGGUCCACUGCGUGGGGCUGCGACUUGAGUUACGACUAUGUGAAGAUCAAUGCUGAUUACACAACUUAAUAACUCGCUUUGGUGGUACUUUUAAAGUAGGGUUCUUGGUGAUGUACACUUCAACAAAAAAAAUUUAAAUUUUUUUAUUUAAUUUUUUAUUUA